AUGAGUAACAACAAUAGCCGAAUCAACUAAAACAAUGAUAAUUCUCCUUAGAGAUCAGAUACAAACUAAGUUGAGCCUCAAGCAAAGCAUUAAUAGAGUGAAAAAAAAGAAAUUCAACCUAAUUUUACUUAAGCAGAACAAAAUGGAUAGUAAUAUAUAGUUUACUAAUAAUAUAGGGAGGAUCAUCCAUUGAUUGAAUUUCAAGUUAAUUAAAAUGAUAGAACUAAUACAAAUUUUAAUUAAAGUUAGAAAUGCAAGAGUCAAGCAGAUUUUAGAAAAAGUAUAUUUAUAGCACCUUCUCAAGAGGAAAUUAAUUAGCCUUAAACAUUUUUCUAGAAAGUAAUAGUUUCUGUUAUGGUAUAGAUUCAUAAAAAAGAAAAAUAAAAUAAAAAGUGUUGUGAAGUAUGUUGUCUUCCGAUUGGUUCUCAUACCUUUUGUUGUGGUUCAUAGAACACAAGACCUCAUUUUAAAUAGUUUGGUGUUGAUUCUUAAAAAAGUUAGGGUACUUUUUUAUCAUUUUCACUAUAUUAUCAAUACCAUAAUUAUUUUUUAGUGUAUUAUGUAAUAUUUUUGAAAAUUAUAAUAGCUUAUGUUGGGAGUGAAGCAAGGGAUUCGUCUAAUCCGUUUGAAUUUUUAAUGGCAACCACUAUCGGCGCAACAAGUUUAAAUUAUAAAGAUUGUUAAAUUUAAUCCUUUGAUUCUGGCUAUGGGCCUCUUGAAUUUAAUUUGUAAUGUGACUCAGGUAAUCUUGCUGGACCAUCAUUUUUAUAUGGCAUAAUUACCUCAAACGAAUAGGAUUGUAUUUAUAUAAGUAAAUCUGAAUUGGAUUUAAAUGUAACUAAUUAAGAUAGAUUGAAUUCAUUAAGACAACAAGUAGAUUCUUAAGAAUAGUAUUCCAUUACCUUAACAAAAUCAGAUUUUGAUAAGGAAAAUAUAAGUGGGAUGAAAAUAUUUGUUGGAGCAUAAUGCAAAGAAUCCAUGAUUUCAAUUGGGCCAGUUUAAUUGGAAUAAAAAAUAAUACCAAUUAUAUUUGCAUCUUGUGAUGCAGCCAUUGUUUUAUUAUUCAUUUAUUUUUUGGUUUGUUUAACCACAAGUGAAAAAAAGUACAAUAAAAUUUCAUAAAAAGAAUCCCCCACCUUAUAACACUUUUCACUUUAAAUAUCCAAUCUACCAAAAUGUGAAGAUUUAAUAAGAUCACUAUAACUUAAUGAAAAUCAAUAAAUUAAAUAGGUAUUGCUAACAGAAGUGAAAAAAUUUAUUGAUGAAAAAUUAAAGUCUGUUCUAAAAGAUGCAGAUUUAUAAAUUUAUGAUAUUUAAGUUUCAGAAAAAGAAAAAAUAUUAAAAUUGCAAUCAGAACUGAAAAGUAAAAAGCAAAUGAUUUCAAAGUAAUUAGACGAAUUGAAAGCCAAUAAAUCAUAAUACUAUCAAUAAGCUCAAAAAAAUAUUCAAAUGUCAAUUAUGUCAAAAGAAACAUAUUUAGAAUUCUAUUAAAACUUUUAGCAUUUAUGUGAAGAUCCAAAUUCACUAUAAAAUCUAAAUAAAGUUGAUAAAAACAUUUAAAAAUAUUGGAAUGAAAUAGAAGAGAUUUCCUAAAAGAUUGAAGCAUUAUAAUCAGAAGGGGAUUCAAAGUACAUCUGGAUUACUUUCGAUACUAUGAGAUAAAAAUAAUAAGUUUAAGAAUAACUUUAAAGUCUACCCAAGGAUUGGCUUUAUUUUUAUUGCUGUUUUUGUUGUUUCGAUGAUGAAGAAAAGAAUAAAAAAUUGUUAUUAAAGAAGUAUAAGUUGUAAGUUAAAGAUGCUCCUAUUCCUGAGAAUAUCAAUUGGAAUAAUCUUAAUUAUUCUCUAAAGCAAAGAAUUUUGAGAUAAUUUUGCAGUCUCUUUGUAACUUUAAUACUUUUAGCAGGUUCGUGGGUUUUGGUAAGUUGGGUGAAUCUACAAAAGACUGAUUUUCAAUAAAAAUAUCCUUCUAUUAAUUGCAAUAAUAAAAUCUAUGACAAUAUUACAGAACUUUAGGUUCAAUAAGAAAUUGAUGAUGAAAAUAGUAUUGCUAUAAAAGGUUAUGUCGAAUGUUACUGUAAGCCAAAGAUUAAUGAUAUUAUUUCAGGAGAUUAUGAAAUUUGUUAAGAUUGGGUGAAAUAGUAUACAUUUUAAUAAUCACUACCUUGGAUUAUUGUAGCAGGACUAAUUGGUGUAAACGUUAUAAUUCAAUACAUAUUCAUUUUUCUGUCAAAAUGGGAAAAACAUUUGAUGAUUUCUGAAGAGUAUUCAAGCAGAAUUCUAAAAAUAUUUCUAGGUCAAUUUUUAAAUACUGGAUUGAUUCUUCUUAUUACAAAUAUUGAUUUUGGUAAUUCUACAAGAGAUGAUGCUCCAUAGGCCAUUAGAUUUCUUUUUGGUGGAAAAUAUGGGGAUAUUGAUUCUAAAUGGUGUUAAAAUAUUGGAAUUGUUUUGUUAUUAACUUUAUUGAUUAACAUUCUGACUUAGCCUAUGAUGCUUUUAAUAGAAAUAAUCAUAAGAUAUGUAAGAUAGGCAUAUGAUUAAUGUUCUUGUUGUUUAAACGAGAAAAAAACUAGAAAGAAGAACUAUUAAGAGUUCAAGGAUUUAUAUAAGGGAGAAUAAUUUAGGGUUGAAUUAAGAUAUGCACAGGUUUUGACAGCCCUUUAUAUUUGUUUUAUGUAUACUCCUGCUCUCCCAUUCUUAUAUUUCAUUACAAUGCUAACAAUUUGGUUCCUGUAUUUUGUGGAUAAGAUUUCAAUUUUCACUACUUAUCGCAAACCAAUUAGGAUAGAUUCGAUAAUUAGUGAAUCCAUAAGAAAAUAUUUGUGGAUUGCUGUUGUAAUUCAUUUAGGCUUUGCUACUUAUAUUUAUGGAAGUUCUAAUUUAUUUUAUGAAACAAUUGAGGCAAAAUUAGUAAUCGAUUAACUAUAAGAUGUCUAUGGAUCAUAGAAUGUUGUUGUUGAAUGGUGGGAUAGAUCAUGGAGUUAAAUCCCAAAUAUCAUUUUGCUAGCUAUCCUUGCUAUUCUUAUUCUAAUCAUAUUUUUAUUUUUCUUUUGUUAUAAACCUGUGAUUGGAUUGCUUUCUAAAUGUUUUUCUACUUUCAAUGAAAAAGUUUUAAGAAAUAAUUCUAAUGGAUAAGAUUAAUAAGAGUUAAGACCAUUUUUGAAAUUUUUAAAAAAGGAUUAAAUUUAGGAAGAUAUGAAAUUCACUUAAUUUCAAAUGAUGUUUGCUCCUUCAAUUUAUAAGGGAAAAUAUCUCAAAUUAUUGAAUGAAUUAGAAAUACCUAUUGGCGUCAAUAAUAAUAACGAGAUCCCAAUAAUAAACAAUCAAGAUAUUAAAAUAGAAUAAUUGCCUCUAGCCUAAAGCCAAAUUAAAUAAUCAGCUUUAGUUUAAAAUGAAAAUUAGAAUCAAAACUCUUAGAAUAAAGCUAACAAUCAAAAUGAUAUUUCAUAAAGUCAAUUUAAUAAAUCAAAAGCAGAAUAAAGCCAAAUUUUAGGUUCUUAGUAGAAAUUGAUUGGCUUAAGGUCCUACCAUAAAGCAUAUAAUAAAUAAUACCAACAGUAUUAUGAAUGGGAUGAAAUAAAAGCCAUAAAUAUUGAAUGAUAAACUAUUUAAUUAUUGUAAUCAAUUAUG